AUGGUUAUGGCUGUGGCAAUUGAGUGCUUCAGUCAUGGUGUUGANUAUACUGGAGAUGGCAGUAGUGCUACAGUGAUGGUGUUGAGGUUGUUGUGUUACAUUGGUGGUGACAAUAGUGCUUCAGUCAUGGUGUUGACCAUUGAGGUUCUUAAGGAUGGUGGUGGUAGGAAGUGGGGAGGUAAUUCAAUGGGGGUGGUGGCAAUACAAGGAGAAGAAGAAUGGGGGUGGGUUGUCUUCCAUGGAAAAGGGGGUGUGCGUUCUAGACUUCUGGUCCAAGGGGUGGCUGAAGUUCAAAAGGGCUAUGAGGUGAAGUUGCGGGAUAAGGAGGAGGGGAUGGUUGUUGUUCACCUUCGGUGGUCCCAGAGCAGGGUAGCGACUGGUUCCCUAACGCCGAUGCCAUUGCCAGAUCCCGAUGCCCGAGCCUCAGGCUCGGGAAUCAAUCACACCGGCAUUCAACAAUCACUCAAUUUUUUAAAUACAAUGACAAUUCUACCGGGGUCGGCGACCUAUAAUGCAGCACAUCACCAUAUCCAAGCAAG